AUGUACUUGGAAGAAGGGCCGGGACCUGGCGGGAGAGAACCCGGAGAAACGGGGACCCCAAGUGAGGGAGAGACGACAAGCCGGGGCCGAGGGGAGGAAGAAGCGGGGGCGGGGCAGGCUACGGAGUUGGGGCGUCCCCAGGGAGCUGAGCCUGGGCUCGGGGAGUCCAAGCCGCCGCCACUCUCGCCCCCGCUCCCGGACUCGCCGCAGCCCGCGCGUCCGCUCUCAUUUCUUCGCCCAUUUUUCUUCCUCUCCUGUCACUUCCACUCGACUCACCCCCCUCCCGGCCAGACCUCGGCGCUUCCAGACCCCGGUUCUUUUCCCCUCUCGCUGCAGCUCCUGGCCUCCGCCCCCGCCCCCGGCAGCGCGGUUCCCCCAACAACUUGCAGGGGCUCCAACGUCCCUGAGACCCAGGAAUCCGGGUUCCCUUCUUCCUUCCCCUGUCUCAGGGAUUCCAGUCCCGAACUUCAGCCCCGCCCUCGGUUAUCCAGACCUCCCCCUCCCAGUCAGAGAUCCCAGCACCCCCUCCCCGGGCUCUGGGAGUUUAAGGCCCGGCCUCGAACCCUUCCGCCCUCGCGGAGAACAACCUUUGAGGACCCCCUGGUGGGGAGACAGUGGGGGUCCGUGUACUCCAUCUUCAUCCCUCAGGAGCUACUCAGGGCCAAGGGCCUGCCUGGGCCUCUUCCAGGGCUGUCCAAACUCUCCUCCCGGGAGCCUGCCCUCGGCUCCCCCACGUCUGUGCCCAGGGGUCCCCCAUCUCCACCAGCCCCCCUCUAG